AGACGUGGGCCAGUCGACGCCGGGUUGUGGGAGGGAACACACGCAUCCGCUCCCUCACUGCCGCCUCCACGCUGCUCACACUACCUCCCGGCUUCCCCAGCGUGACAUGGUGCCAAAGGGAACACCCUUACUCACUCCACCUGUUAAUUGUAGGGAAUGAUGGAAGGAACGGAAGGGAGUGAGUGUGUUAUAUACGUGACAAAAUCCGUGACAUUUGUGAGUGACUGAAAGAGUGGGCGUGAUGCGUUGCAGCGUAAAGCGUGACAAGUGACAGCCUCCCCCAGUGACAGGCAGCAUCCCGGCGUGACGACAAUGCCCCGUCACCGCCGCAACACUGAGCACGGGAUGAACACUUGCCUCCCCGUCACGCCUCUGUAAUUCAGCCAACGAAAAUAUUCAAGACGCCGCUACCACUUCCCAGCAACCUCAGCACCCAGAGACUCGAUAUUAACUUGAUGAAAGGCGGCCAGAAUAUUGCCUUACCUGACCUAAUUAUUACCUUACCUAACCUAACGCAAUACCCCAAACAUAUCCUUACUAGAAUCCUACCUUACCUUCAAUUUACCUAACCUAACCUUACCUAACGUAUCCCAGCAAUCGAACUUAAGAUAACUAGAAUAUUACCUUAACUUAAAUUAUCUAAUCUAACCCAGUAAUUGAACUUAACCUUAACAGAAUAUCAUUUCACCUAAAUUUACCUAACCUAAUCUAAUUACUACAAUACUACCUUACCUUAACUUACCUAACCUAACCAGAAUAUUGACUUACCUAUACUAACCCAGUAAUCGAAUCUAACCUUACCAAAAUAUCACUUCACCUUAACUAACUCAACCUAAUCAGAAUUUUAACUUAUCCUAAUCUAACCCAGUAUUCUAAUUUAACCUUACCAGAAUAUCACUUCCCCGUAACUUACCUAACCUAAUCUCUUACCUAACCCAACCCAGUAACUAAAACAUAUCCUUACUAGAACACUAUCUUAUCUUAACUUACCUAACCUAACCAGAAUAGAACCUUAACUAUUCGUACUAAUCCAACCAAUCUCAAAAAACUAUCCAAACUUGACCUAACCCAACCCAAUCCAACGGAAAACAACCCAAACCUAACAAAACCUCACCAAUCCUCAUCCACAAUCCAAUCCAUUCUAAAAACUAACCCAAUAAAUAGAAAGACAAGAACAAUAAAUACUCUAACGUCACAACUCACAAGGGACGCAAACCUGAACAAAAAUGAGACUUUCGUUCAAUAAGAAAAUAGAAGUGAGUGAAACAUUUUCGUUCAGCGUCCCUGUGCUAUGAAGAACACGCAGAUAAGAAGGCGGCGCUGCGCAUUUAAGUGUUCAGCAAGGCAAGACGAAAUAUUACGAUAAAAAAAAAGGAGGGAAAACCACGGAUCCUUUUUUUUCACAUCGCAAUUAACAUAUCAAGACUCAGGACUCCCAAGGUCAAGACGUCCACCAAUCACCGGUCAUAAAACUGCCCUAGCCUGGAUUCCUCGUCUCUGAUUGGCUCUCACUAACGCAGGAUGACUCAAGGAAGCAAAUACACAUCCUUCUUUGUCCUCAAAUUGACUCUUUUCUCUCACCUGGUCGUGGUGACUUCAGGUCAGUGCCGAGGGACAGAGACCUUCGAGAAGCUGUCACGCUUCACACUGGAGGGCGUGGAAAGGGCGCCGCCCCUCUACACAUAUUCCGGGGGCACGGUGACUGCAGGGUGUUUGGAUAGGUGUCGUGAGUCAAGAACAUGCUCUGGCUUCGUGGUGGACUACAGCAGAGAGGCAUGUUUCCCACUCAGUCCUGUGUUCCCCCCAGCAGGCCCCAACCCCGCCCCUCGCCCUGCUGAUUACGCUGUCAAUUACUUUCAGAAGAUUUGCUUGAGUGGGCCGACGUGUGGCAAGGCGUGGAUGCUGGAGAGGGUCGUGGGCUUUGAGAUCGAGGGUUAUGACGACCUGGUGCUAAAUGACGUGGCCACCAGACUCAAGUGCGCCGAGCUGUGUCUUGGGGAAAGGAACCUGAGAUGCCGCAGCGCUGAGUAUCAUGAGAGGGACCGUGUGUGUCGCCUCAGCCGCCAGGACAGACGCACACAGCCCCUCAGCUUCCGCCCCUCCAGCCCUCACGUCCACUACAUUGAAAACCAGUGCGCAGGGAUUCCUCUACAACAAAACUGUGAAUUUGAGGAGUUUCUAGAGCAGGAUAUUUUCCAACCUGACCUGCAGCUAGCCGUGGAGUCGAAGGAACAAUGUCAAGAGGCGUGUGAGGCAGAAACCAGCAUGAACUGCCGCUCCUACACGUGGGUGGCGCGGGCUGGUGUGUGUCGCCUCUCAGGGGACGACAUGAUAUCAUCUGGCCUGUCUGCCAUCCUGCCCUCGCCAGGCGUUGUGUACUACCAGAGAACGACCUGCCUUGACUUGAGAUUAUCAUGCACUGUGGACGCCAUGACUGUUAAGCUACACACUCCUGAGCCAUUCAAGGGGCGUCUUUUCUCCCAGGACUUCCCUAACACCUGCAAAUCACAAGAUAAGUCCAGGACGGAAACCUCUCUCGUGAUCAAUUUUCGGGACCCCCAGUGCGGCACGGUGGACGAGGGUAGCGGCGUGUACAGCAACAUAAUAGUAGUGCAGCACCAUCCUGUCAUCCAGCGCCGCGGGGACAAGGCCAUCAAGCUGCUGUGUCUCUUCCAAGCCGCCAAUCAGACUGUCAGUGAUUCAUUCAACUUUGUCAUCGAUAGCUCAUUUCCCGGAGGAAACGUCGCCACUGCCAUUGUCAACGCCACUGCUCCGUCUCCAAGAAUUCGUCUGCGCAUUGUUGACCGCGCAGGGAACGACAUCAACGGGGCCAGACUGGGCGAGGAGCUGUAUCUCAGACUUGACCUCGAUGAUGACAGCGUGUACGGAAUCCUGGCGCGGAAUCUCGUAGCACGUAGCGGUGACAACAGUGACUCUAUAGUGUUGCUGGAUGAGCGAGGGUGUCCGGCAGACCCAGCCAUCUUCCCGUCCCUCCAGCCCAUCCCCAACUCCAGGAGCCUUCAAGGAAAGUUCGAGGCCUUCAAGUUCUCUGAGGAUCAAGUUGUGAGGUUCCAGGUCAACGUUCAGUUCUGCCUAGAGGAGUGCCGGCCUGCCCAGUGUGGCAAUAUUGUGUCCUACGGGAAGAGAAGGCGACGUUCCCUGACGGAGGGUGGCCUGGUGACCUUAGGUGGUGAGCUGACCCUGGUGGGAGGAGAGGUUACCCUGAGAGACGUGGAGGUGCUAGAUAAUGAGGAUGAGGAAGAUGAUCAUGUUUACCACGAGAUGCCGCUGCAGAAGGAGAUUCUAGUGGAGAGCAGCAGUGUGAAGCCCCUCAAGUCUGGCCUGCUGCCGGAGGAGACUGACGCCCGCCGCAUUGCUAACCUGGUCUGUACGUCGCGGGAAGUCCUUAUUGCUAUGGUGGUGUCCGCUGUUAUCCUGCAGAUCUGCAUCAUUCUAAUUGCCAUCAUGUGCGUAUUCGCUCGACGGAGGAGGAAGGUUCCCGCAACGGAGGUACAGCAGGGCGCCUCCAGCCUCACCCUGAGCAGAGGUUACCGUUCACCCUACACCGUCUCCAUUUCAGAAGACUCGGCCAAUACUCUUAAGACCCUAAGGACGUCCCUGAGAGACUAGAGAGAGAGAGAGAGAGAGAGAGAGAGAGAGAGAGAGAGAGAGAGAGAGAGAGAGAGAGAGUUUUAGGGCAUCUAUUGUAUAUUGUAUCAUGUAUAUUUUCUGUACAGUUUAUACUUAAGAAAAUAAAUUAUGAAUAAGUUUA